GCGCGCCCGAGCUGAGAAGAGCUACGACUGGCCUCUGAUGUGGCACUGCUUCAAGGAGCCCUACAUAGGUGCAGCGCACGGCGUGGUGGGCAUUCUGGCCAUGCUGCUCCACUGCUACGAUCUGCUCAGCGCGAGCAGCCAGCAGCUCGUUGGAGCAACCUUGAACAAGCUCCUCUCCAUCCGCUAUUCGAGCGGGAACGUGCCCAUCGUGCUGGGCGAUCGGCGGGAUGAGCACGUGCACUGGUGCCAUGGAGCGUCCGGGCUACCAGCGCUUUUCCUCCUCGCCGCGGCGGUCCUUGGCGAUGCCGACGGGUCGCUAAGGAGGGCCGCAGAACAGGCCGGGGAGGUGGUGUGGAAGCGGGGGCUCAUCCUAAAGGGCCUCGGCCUCUGUCAUGGCGUCUCCGGCAAUGCCUACUCCUUCUUGAGCUUGUACCGGGCUCAGGGAGAUGCGUCGCACCUCGGCCGGGCGACGGCCUUCGCGUCGAUGAUGCAGCAGCCGGAGCUUCAGGAGGCGAUCCGGCGCCAACCGGACCAGCAACGACUGGUCCGCGGAGUGCCCGACUCGCCCUUGAGCCUCAUGGAGGGCGACGCUGGCCUCUUCUGCUUCCUGCUGGACAUGGCUGCGCCAGAAAGGUCGUCCUUCCCCGGCUGGGAGCUCUGA